ACUCUGAAGUGGCUCCAGUCGGUCAGUGUAGUGGAAGCUUCAUUGGAAGUCAACCUUGGUGUGCCUCAUGCCGGGCAGCACACUGUUUUCAUGGCAAUACUGCUAGCGCCUUGCUCCUUGUAUUGUAUACAGAGAUGAUUGCCCCAAGUCCAAGUGGGUAUGCAGCUACCUAGCUCAAGUGGCAGCCCAAGUGGGUAACGUAGCUAGUGCUGUCCUAGUCAGUAGUCACCAAUCUUGACUUCCCCUGCCUCCAUGCUUGUUCACACUCUUGUUCCUCUUCCAUUUCAUCUGUAUAUACACCCUCUUCUUCCUUCUCCAAAUAGCAGAGCAAAACAACAUUUACACACUCUCCUCAAUGCCUCCCCUCUACAUAUUAUCGCUCGGGCUUCUCCUCCUCUUGCAUAUUCCUCAUUGGCGCCCCUCGUCCGCAGCUGCAAGCGAUACCCUCACGGUGGGCCAAUCUCUCGCGGUCGGCAGCAAGCUUGUCUCAAGAAACGGCAAGUUUGCGCUCGGCUUCUUUCAGCCAGCAGCAAGCAUCAUCAGUAAGUCCCAGAACACCACCAGCUCCAGCUGGUACCUUGGCAUAUGGUUCAACAAGAUCCCAGUUUUUACUACUGUGUGGGUUGCUAACAGGGACCAGCCCAUCACUGGCCCCAACCUCAACCUAACACAGCUCAAGAUAUCGAUCGAUGGCAAUCUUGUCAUCGCGAACAACGAUUCCGUAGUUUGGUCCACUCACAUUGUCAAUAAUAGGACACAAACCAGCAGCAUAAACGCCACUACUGGUGCUGCCGUUCUCUUGAAUAGUGGAAACCUUGCUCUUACAGUCACAGAGAGCCCAUCAUCAUCUGACCUACCGUUGUGGCAGAGCUUUGAUUACCCAACAGAUAUUUUUCUUCCUGGUUCCAUGUUUGGCCGGAACAAGGUCACCAGCUUGACUCAUCAGAGCAUCUCAAAGAAGAGCCUCAUUGAUCCGGGUCUUGGCUCAUACAGCAUUGAACUAGAAGAAACCAAGGGGAUUGUCCUCAAGCGCCGCAACCCCUUGGUAGUGUAUUGGCAUUGGGCAUCCUCCAAAACAUCAUCGUUGAGUCUUAUACCAAUACUCAAUUCCAUUCUGGAUUUGGAUCCACGGACCAAAGGUUUGAUUAACACAACAUAUGUUGAUAACAACCAAGAGGAGUACUACACGUACACUUCACCGGAUGAAUCAUCCCCCACAUUUGUCUCACUAGACAUCUCUGGUCUGAUAAAGCUGAAUGUUUGGUCACAAGCCAACCAGUCUUGGCAAAUUAUAUAUACCCAGCCUGCCGAUCCCUGCACUCCGGCUGCUACCUGUGGACCUUUCACAGUCUGCAACGGCAUUGCACAGCCAUUCUGUGACUGUAUGAUGAACUUCUCUCAGAAGUCACCUCUGGAUUGGGAGUUUAAUGAUCGAACAGGAGGAUGCAUCAGAAAUACACCGUUACACUGCAACACUAGUAGUAACAACAAAAACAUCACAAGUUCAACAGACAUGUUCCACUCCAUUGCUCAAGUUACAUUACCCUACAACCCGCAAAGCAUAGACAUUGCUAACACACAGAGCGAUUGCGAAGAAGCUUGUCUCAGUUCUUGCUCCUGCACUGCUUAUUCCUAUAACAGUAGCAGAUGCUCUGUCUGGCAUGGGGAAUUGCUUAGUGUAAAUCUGAAUGAUGGCAUUGAUAAUACUUCUGAAGAUGUUCUUUAUAUUCGCCUUGCCGCCAAAGAUUUGCUGCCAAGUUUGAGAAAAAACAAAAGAAAACCAAACCGUUGGAGUGGUCACUGCUGCAAGCAUUUUUGGUUUUGGGUUACUAAUGCUCCUGGUGUUGUUACUUAUUUGGAGGAACAAAUUCAAGUGGUGUGGUUCCCCUUUAUACGGCAAUCAAGGUAGUGCUGGUGGGAUUAUAGCCUUCAGAUACACCGAAUUAGUUCAUGCUACUAAAAACUUCUCAGAAAAGCUUGGAGGAGGUGGUUUUGGUUCUGUAUACAAGGGAGUGUUAAGUGACUCGAAGACUACUAUAGCAGUGAAAAAGCUUGAUGGUGCUCAGCAAGGAGAGAAGCAAUUCAGGGCCGAGGUGAGCUCAAUUGGACUGAUCCAACAUAUCAACCUUGUCAAAUUGAUUGGUUUCUGCUGCGAAGCUUUGGCGGCCGCUUAGCCGCCCCCUGGAUCGGGACGCCAUCUCUGCCUUCAUCGCCGAUCUCCGCUCGAUGGCCGUCCGCCUGUCGCCCCCGCCGCCGCCGCCUCCGCCGGAGCCUGACUAGAUCGCCUGCACUGGGCAGGCUUUGUUUUUCUCUUUCUUCUGGGCUUGUUGAGCUGUGCCCUCAGCAGAACCUUAAUACUUUGUUGUGGUACUUGGGUGGUGUGUGUGUGUGGACCUGUUGUGGUUGUAUGUUUUGUGGCGGUUUGCUUUAUUUAU